ACAUGUUGGACGGGCCAUAUCCCGACCCGGUUGCGUUCCGUCACGCCGUCGUAGCCAAGUCCGAGUCACCCGACCCGCUCUUCUUCGCCGUGGUCGCGCGAUCAGAAGAUGAUGCGGGAAGCGCCGAAAGCUUAGCGGCCAAGGUUGUGGGAUACGUCGCGCUCAUGUGUAUCGAGCCAGAGCAUCUCCGGCUGGAAAUCGGACAUGUGCUGUGGUCGCCGGCGAUGCAGCGAUCCACGGCGGCGACUGAGACCGUCUUUCUUCUUCUCCACCACGCAUUUGAUACACUGGGCUAUCGCCGAGUGGAGUGGAGAGCGAACGCGCUCAAUCAGCGAUCUCGCCGGGCAGCGGAACGGUUCGGAUUUGUGUUCGAGGGCGUCUUCCGGCAACACGAGAUCUGGAAGGGCCGGAACUGGGAUACUGCGUGGUUCUCCAUGUUGAAGGAUGAAUGGGAGGGAAAGCAGAUCAAACGAUCCUUGGAGCUCUGGUUGCAGCCGACGAACUUCGGUGAGGAUGGCAAGCAGAAGAAAAGUUUAGAUGAUAUCAGGGCAGAGCUCUCGCGUGGAGUGUAGUGGGCAUGGGUCAUGGGUACGUAGAUAUAUGCACCUCGGUGCCACUGCGUCCUGUUCAGAGCUACGUGUAAGCGUACCCGGGUGCAGCAGCACUAAAGAUGUAUACGAGCGGUGAAUUUAUGCCUCCCUCUGCAUACAUUUCGC